CACAACAGUGUCGCUCACGCAUCGAGUCGCACGCACUCGUCUCGUCGAACCAAAAAGUUUUUUUUAAAAAAUACCAAUUUUUUUUUAUCAAACCAACUCGGUGUUCAAUUCGUAUACACUUUAAAGCGGCAACUGUUUUGUGCGUUUCCGUCCGCCACACAACGUACCUAGUAUAGGUGUAGGUACAGUAAUAUUGCUUAUUUAUUAUUGCCAUCGAUCGCCCGUGGGAGUGUUCGAAACCGGUGCGAGAAUAAACAAUUUUUUUACCGCCGUGUGUGUAGUUGUGCGCCGACUUUUUUAUAUAGCGAUAUUUUCGACAUACUCGCGACACGACAAUUGGCAUAAUUGUUAUAUUUUACUCGGUAAUACCGACCAGAGUACACGUACGUUGUAAAUGAGCCGGGCGCGCACCGAGUGCGGACUAUGAGCUGCACAGAGGUGAUGUAUCAGGCGUAUUAUCCGUAUUUAUACCAGAGAUCGUCGGGCACGGCCGCCCCGCCGUCCAGGGCGCCGCAUCACCAUUUCGCGCCGUUCACUCACCAAUAUGACCGGUUGAGAGCUUUGGAAUCGCAUCAGCAACCGUCUACGUCUUCGCCUUUGGGAGGAAGCGAUUCGCCAGCCAACCGUUGGACGACCAUUGCAGAGCAUACAGACUCUCACCAUAGCAGCGUCGGUUCUGGAGCAUCUAGUGUGGGUCCAGUGGGCGGUAUUGCGAGUCCGGCAUCAUCGCCAGCCACGGCCAACAGUACCGCUGUAGUGCACAAGGAGGAAGACACGUCCAGAGAUGAUGUGCGCACAGAGAUGGACGAGGACGAAGACAACCCGGACGAUUCCAGGACGAGGGACAGGCGGACCGCGGCACACGCGCAGUACCUGUCCGUCAACUGUGUGGUGUUCACCCAUUACACGGGCGACGUUGCUUCUGUGGUGGACGAACACUUUUCCAGGGCGUUGAACGCAGAACAGAAGCUACAGAACAACUCCCACCAAACGUCGACCAAAGACUCUUCCCCGAUGUCGUCAAGAAAUUUCCCGGCGUCGUUUUGGAAUAGCAACUAUCACUCGCAUCACUCCACUAGUCAGGUGUACCAUCCCGAAACGGUAUACCAUCACCACGGCACCGCCGGCAAUCCGGCAGAUCCUUGGCAGACCCACUACCAACAGUAUACGGCAGCUGCCGCCCACCACCAUCACAGAGCCGUACACGAGUAUCACCAUCACCACAACAUGGCCGCCCAGUACGGCAGUCUUUUAUUACCACCGCCAACUUCUCGGCUAGCACCUCCACCGCCACCGCCACCGCCACCAUCUAGUCACCCUCACCCACACCAAUACCACAGCAAAGCCGGCAUGGACCCGUGGCCCAACACCGCCCACCAUCCGGCCCUGGAUACCGGAGCUUCCUAUUCGUCUUAUCCUACUGUCCCAGGACUAGAAGCACAAGUGCAAGAAACGUCUAAAGACCUUUACUGGUUUUGAAGAAAACGUAAUAUUCCAAACAAGAAAUGUAAUUUUUUUUUUUUUUUAUUGACAAAUUUUGAAAAA